AUGGGAGGAGAAGGCGGGCUCCCGUGGUGGCUGCCCACCAUCGGGUGCUCGCCGCCACCGUCUUCAUCCGGCUCCUUCGCCGGAACCCUCGCCUUCCUCCUCCUCUCGCCGUGCCCGCAGCGCGCGCUUCUCGGCGCCAUCGACCUCCUCUUCCUCGCCGCAUCGCUCGUCCUCGCCGCCCUCUGCCGCCGUGGCGCCAACGGCGCGUCCCCUGAAAAGGAUCCGCUGCUGCCCUCACCGACGCCGGACGUGCCGGUCCGGGCCACCGGCCGGCACGCCGUUGCCCUCGGUGCCUCCGCGGUCACCUCCGCGGCGUCUGUCGUCCUCCUCGCACUCGCGAUCUUCCUCCUGCCGGCAGCAGGCACUACGCCGUGGCGCGUCGCGGGGUGCACCUUCCUCGCCGCCCACUGCGCCGCGCACGCCGCGGCCGCGUGGACCGUGCUCGCCUCGGCGAAACGAGCCUCCGCUCACCCUUGGCACCUCCGCGUGUUUUGGGUCGCCACCGCCCUCGGCGCCGUGCUAUUCUCCGUCUCCGCGGCCCUCCGCUGCGCCGACGGCUCGCCGCUCCUCCCCGACGACGUCCUCGCCUUCGCCGGCCUGCUCGUGUCGCUUCCUCUCGCGUACGUGGCCAUCACCACCUGCACAGCGCGUGAUGAAGAGGCCGCCGAACAGGACCAGAACCCCAGCGCGGCGGUGGCGGCGACGCCGUACGUGACCGCGUCGUUCCUCUCGCGCGCGACCUUCAGCUGGAUCAACCCGCUGGUCUCCAAGGGGCACGCCAACGAGUCCCUCGCCGACACCGACGUCCCGCCGGUGUCGCCAGACCACCGCGCCGAGUCUGCGUACGCUCUUCUCGCGUCCAACUGGCCGGCGGCAGCGCGAGGGUGGCGGAGCCCGGUGGGCGUCGCGCUGUGGCUGUCCUUCUGGCCGCAGUUCCUGCUCAUCGCGGCGCUGGGGCUCGUGCAGCUGGCGGCCAUGUACGUCGGCCCGUCGCUCAUCGACCGGUUCGUCGAGUUCAUCCGCCGGGGCGGCACGCCAUGGGAGGGCCUCCGGCUGGUCGCCAUCCUGAUCGCCGGCAAGGCGGUCCAGACGCUGGCGUCGCACCACUACAACUUCCAGGGCCAGCUCCUGGGCAUGCGCAUCCGCGGCGCGCUGCUCACGGCGCUGUACCGCAAGUCGCUGCGGCUGUCCACCGGCGCGGCGCGCGCGCACGGCGCGGGCGCCAUCGUGAACUACAUGCAGGUGGACGCGUCGAUGGUGUCCGGCGCCAUGCACGGGCUGCACGGCCUGUGGCUGAUGCCGCUGCAGAUUGCAGUAGCCCUGUUCCUCCUGUACGCGUACCUCGGCCCCGCCGUGCUCAUGACGCUCGCCGUGAUCUUCGGCGUCAUCGUGGUCACCGCGUUCGCCAACAAGCUCAACCUCGGCUACCAGUUCAAGUUCUUCGGCGCCCGCGACAGCCGCGUCAAGGCCCUGACGGAGAUGCUCGGCAACAUGCGCGUGAUCAAGCUGCAGGCGUGGGAGGAGACCUUCGGCGGCAAGGUGCGGGAGCUCCGUCGGGCCGAGGUGGGGUGGCUGAAGAAGGUGAUACUCUUCGUGUGCGCUACCAACGUGGUCUAUUCCAGCGGGCCCAUUGCCAUGACAGUUCUCGUGUUCGGGACGUACCUCGCCGCCGGAGGGGAGCUCGACGCCGGCAAGGUGUUCACGGCCACCGCCUUCUUCCGCAUGCUCGAGGGACCCAUGAGCAACUUCCCGCAGACGAUCGUGAUGUCCAUGCAGGCGUUCGUGUCGCUCGGCAGGCUGGACAAGUUCUUGGCGGAUGCCGAGAUCGACACCAUGGCGGUGGAGCGUCUUGGCAGUGGCCCCGCCGGGGAUGAGGUGGCCGUGAAGGUGCAAUGUGGAGUGUUCGAAUGGGACGUCCAGGGCGGCGAUGGCGAGGAGAAGGAUGUCAGAGGGGAGGAGCCGGUGCUGAAAGGGAUCGAGGUGGAGGUGUGGAAGGGGGAACUCGCGGCGGUGGUCGGAGCGGUUGGCUCCGGCAAGUCGUCGUUGCUGUCCUGCAUCAUGGGAGAGAUGCAUAAGGUCUCCGGCAAGGUUAGCGUGUAUGGGACCACGGCAUGUGUCACUCAGACAGCUUGGAUCCGGAAUGGAACCAUUCAAGAAAACAUUUUGUUUGGACAGCCGAUGAAUGCAGAGACAUACAAGAAAGUCAUACAUGCUUGUUGCUUACAAAAAGAUUUAGAAAUGAUGGAGUUUGGCGACCAGACUGAAAUAGGGGAGCGAGGGAUCAACCUAAGUGGUGGCCAGAAGCAGCGCAUCCAGUUGGCAAGAGCAGUUUAUCAAGAUUGUGAUAUAUAUCUCCUUGAUGACAUAUUUAGUGCAGUUGAUGCUCAUACUGGCUCAACUAUCUUUAAGGAAUGUCUCAAGGGCCUACUCAAGAAUAAGACUGUUUUGCUUGUUACUCACCAAGUGGAUUUCUUGCGAAAUGUGGAUACUGUAUUCGUAACGAAAAAUGGGGCGAUCAUUCAGUCAGGGAUCUAUGGCGAUUUGCUAGAUUCAUGUUCAGAUUUUCUAGCUCUUGUUGCUGCUCACCACAGUUCCAUGGAAGGGUCAGGGGUGCAAGGCCACACUGUUCAGAACACAGAGAAUUCUCCAGCCACGGGUAACUCCAAACCCAUUAAAGAAAACAGCAAUACGACCGCUAUUGCUCCGAGCAAUGAAGCUGGUUCUUCUAAGCUAAUUGAGGAAGAGGAAAAGGAGAGUGGCCAAGUGAGUUGGCAUGUGUACAAGCUAUACAUCACACAGGCUUGGGGUUGGUGGGGAGUUCUGCUCAUUCUAGCCAUAUCUGUGCUGACAGAGGGAUCCAGAAUGGCUAGCAACUACUGGCUGUCAUAUGAAACAUCAGGAGGCACCAUAUUUGACAUUUCCAUGUUUCUUGGUGUCUAUGCGUCAAUAGUUUCUGCUUCGGUUGUAUUUCAGUUUAUCAGCCUUCUUUUCAUCGCCUUUUUGGGGCUUAAAUCAGCGCAGGCCUUUUUCGGUAAGAUGUUUAACAGCAUUCUACGAGCUCCAAUGUCAUUUUUUGACACCACUCCUUCAGGAAGGAUUCUAAGCCGGGUAUCAGCGGACCAAACUAAAAUAGACACUGCCCUUCUAUUCUAUAUGGGUAUUGGUGUAUCGAUGUGCAUUUCGGUGGUUAGCAGCAUUGCAGUCACCUGCCAAGUAGCAUGGCCGUCAGCCAUAGCGGUGCUUCCCCUGCUGCUAUUGAACAUUUGGUACCGGAAUCGUUAUAUUGAAACAUCCCGAGGGCUAACUCGUCUCCAAGGAGUCACAAAUGCACCAGUUAUUGAUCACUUAACGGAGACCAUUUUGGGUGCUCCAACUAUAAGGUGCUUUGGGAAGGAGGAUGGAUUUUACCAAACAAACUUGGACAGAAUUAAUUCAAAUUUGCGUAUGUCCUUCCAUAACUACGCAGCUAAUGAGUGGUUUGGAUUUCGCCUGGAGCUAAUUGGCACUCUUGUGUUGUCCAUAACUGCUUUUCUCAUGAUCAGCUUGCCUAGCAAUUUCAUCAAGAAAGAAUUUGUCGGCAUGUCCCUUUCCUACGGCCUUUCUCUCAAUUCCUUGGUGUACUUUGCAAUUUCAAUAAGUUGUAUGCUAGAAAACGAUAUGGUCUCGGUGGAGAGGGUGAAUCAGUACAGCGCUCUUCCUUCUGAGGCAGCAUGGGCAGUGUCAGAUUGUCUCCCCUCGGCAAAUUGGCUGCAGCGAGGAGAUAUUGACAUAAAGGAUCUAGAGGUUAGGUAUCGACCAAACACACCUCUGAUUUUGAAAGGCAUUACGAUAAGCAUCCGCAGUGGAGAAAAGAUAGGAGUUGUGGGAAGGACCGGCAGUGGCAAGUCAACCUUAGUCCAGGCAUUGUUCAGGCUUGUGGAGCCUGCAAAAGGCCAGAUUGUCAUCGAUGGAGUAGAUAUUUGCACUUUGGGUCUUCAUGAUCUGAGGUCUCGCUUUGGCGUGAUUCCUCAAGAGCCUGCGCUCUUCGAAGGAACCGUGAGAAGCAACAUUGACCCAAUUGGGCAGUAUUCUGAGGCCGAGAUAUGGCAGGCCCUUGAGUGCUGCCAGCUAAAAGACACUGUAGCUGCAAAACCUGAGAAGCUUGAUGCACCAGUUGCCGACAUGGGGGAGAACUGGAGCGUGGGACAGAGGCAGCUUCUCUGCUUCAGCCGAGUCAUACUGAAGCGCAGUCAGAUCUUGUUCAUGGAUGAGGCGACCGCUUCUGUCGACUCCCAAACGGACGCGGCCAUCCAGAGGAUCAUCCGGGAGGAGUUCCGGGAGUGCACCGUCAUCAGCAUUGCUCAUCGUGUCCCGACCGUCAUGGACAGCGACAGAGUUCUGGUGUUGGAUGCAGGGUUAGUGAAAGAGUUUGAUGCUCCAUCCAAGCUGAUGGGAAGGCCAUCGGUUUUCGGGGCUAUGGUUCAGGAAUAUGCGAACCGCUCUUCUAGCGAGCAGGCAACCCAUGGAUGAUGCACAUGUCUUGGUGGCAAAGCCGAAUAAUGUAGAUUGAGAUACAAGCGGCAGAAGUUUAGGCAUAUAAUUAGGGGUGUGAUAGAUGAUUUCUAGAGGAAAAUGUGGUAUGUUUUGCUGCCAUAUGUGUAAAAUCAAAAGAGGAAGGAAUGUCUCUUAUUCAAAGUAAAAGAAAACCCACUUCAUGCAUAUUUUCACACAAAGGUGUUUUUUCUCCUAGACAUAUACAUAUAUUACUGAGAACAUAGUUUUCUCUAAUGAAGAAGAUAUUUUUCUAUUUGUUAA